UUUCAGUCCGGCACCACACAUUAUUCUGCGUACAAAACGAUUGAACACCAGAUUGCGCUUCAGUAUCUCCAGAUGAAAUGGCCGCUGCUCGAUGUCCAGGCAGGGAGCCUCCAGAGCAGACAAGCCCUCAAGGACGCCCGCUCGCCGUCGCCCGCGCACAUUGUUCAGAGCCCCCUCCCUUGCUGCACUCAGGGACAUGCCUGUCAGCACUUCUACCCCCCCUCAGACUUCACUGUCAGCACUCAAGUCUUCAGGGACAUGACAAGGAGCCGCUCCUUACAAAAGCUUGGGGAGCCCUGGUGUAUGGAGUCGAACAAAGUGCCUGUGGUGCAGCACCCGCACCACGUGCACCCGCUCACGCCGCUCAUCACCUACAGCAAUGAGCACUUCACCCCGGGAAACCCCCCUCCACACUUACCAGCAGACGUAGACCCCAAAACAGGAAUCCCACGGCCUCCACACCCUCCAGACAUAUCUCCGUAUUACCCACUAUCACCUGGCACCGUAGGACAAAUCCCCCAUCCGCUAGGAUGGUUAGUACCACAGCAAGGUCAACCAGUGUACCCAAUCACAACAGGAGGAUUCAGACACCCGUACCCCACAGCACUGACCGUCAACGCUUCCAUGUCCAGGUUCCCUCCCCACAUGGUCCCACCACAUCACACCCUCCACACGACCGGCAUCCCCCACCCGGCCAUAGUCACCCCAACAGUCAAACAGGAAUCCUCCCAGAGUGACGUCGGCUCGCUCCACAGCUCAAAGCAUCAGGACUCCAAAAAGGAGGAAGAAAAGAAGAAGCCCCACAUAAAGAAGCCCCUUAAUGCGUUCAUGUUGUAUAUGAAGGAGAUGAGGGCGAAGGUCGUGGCUGAGUGCACAUUGAAAGAAAGCGCGGCCAUCAACCAGAUCCUGGGGCGCAGGUGGCAUGCACUGUCCAGAGAAGAGCAAGCGAAGUACUACGAGCUGGCCCGGAAGGAACGACAGCUUCACAUGCAGCUCUACCCCGGCUGGUCUGCUCGGGAUAACUAUGGGAAGAAGAAGAAGAGGAAAAGGGACAAGCAGCCAGGCGAGACCAAUGAACACAGCGAAUGUUUCCUAAAUCCUUGCCUUUCACUUCCUCCGAUUACAGACCUGAGCGCUCCUAAGAAAUGCCGAGCGCGCUUUGGCCUUGAUCAACAGAAUAACUGGUGCGGCCCUUGCAGGAGAAAAAAAAAGUGCGUUCGCUACAUACAAGGUGAAGGCAGCUGCCUCAGCCCACCCUCUUCAGAUGGAAGCUUACUAGACUCGCCUCCCCCCUCCCCACACCUGCUAGGCUCCCCUCCCCAAGACGCCAAGUCACAGACUGAGCAGACCCAGCCGCUCUCACUGUCCCUGAAGCCUGACCCCCUGGCCCACCUGUCCAUGAUGCCGCCACCGCCCGCGCUCCUGCUGGCCGAGGCCACCCACAGCAAGGCCUCCGCCCUCUGUCCCAACGGGGCUCUGGACCUGCCGCCCGCCGCCCUGCAGCCGCCCAUCGCCCCAUCCCCGUCGCUCGCACAGCCGUCAACAUCUUCCUUACAUUCCCACAACUCGCUGGCUGGGACGCAGCCCCAGCCGCUGUCCCUCGUCACCAAGUCUUUAGAAUAGCUUUUAGCUUCGUCAGCCCUGCUUGGUUUGAGUGUGUUGUCCUCGGUUCUCGGUUUGCGCCUCCCCCACCUGGAAGGGUUUUGUUUUGUACUCUUAAUUUUGUGCCACGUGGCUACAUGAGUUGAUGUUUAUCGAGUUCAUUGGUCAAUAUUUGACCCAUUCUUAUUUCAAUUUCUCCUUUUAAAUAUGUAGAUGAGAGAAGAACCUCAUGAUUCUACCAAAAUUUUUAUCAACAGCUGUUUAAAGUCUUUGUAGCGUUUAAAAUAAAAAAUAUAUAUAUAUAUAUACAUAACUGUUAUGUAGUUCUGAUAGCUUAGUUUUAAAAGACUGAUUAAAAAACAAAAAGAAAAAAGAGAGAGAGAAGCAAUUUUGAAGCAGCCCUCCAGAAGGAGUUCUGUAUUAUUUGUAUUAAAUAUGAGCUUGCGAACCAAUCAUUUUACACCUGGUUUUUAAACCGUAAGGGCACGAUGAAUGCAGUGCUGUUACUUUUUUUUUUUUUUUCUGUGUGAAACAACUUUUAUUGUGAUGUUACUUGUUAUUGUUUAAAUGUACAGAAACAAAGGGUUAAAAUGUGUUAAUAUACCUUGUUCCAUGGUGUUGUUUUUUGGGGGGAGGGGGAUCCUACUCAACAAUUAAUGGAAUCACAGCGCUGUUGGACCAGUAGUAUUUAUUGCUUUAGAGAUUGCUUGUUGUACCUGUUCAUUGUCCCCUUUUAAAGUAUGUUUUCCUUUUUCUCAAAACUGUAUAAAGUUUUUUUCCCCUCCCCUUAGCAUAAGCAUCUUAUAUAUAACAACUCAUUUGUAUAAGGUUUUUAAGUUUAUAUAUAGAAACGUGUAUAUAUUUUUUUGUUUCCCUUUUUGACCUCCUUUUUGUUUGUUUGUUUCUCUGUAUGAAACCCAGACGCCACCAAAUGGACAUUGGUAGUUGCAUUAAGG